UGAUUCCACACUCCCAGCCGAGAGCCAUCGUCUGGCCAAGCAACAUUCAGAGCACUCGCCGCGCCGACCAUUUCUUAGCUCCGAAUAUAUUUCCAUCACUGCUAGGCCACCAUGACAGCAUCGCACUACGAUGUCGCCAGCAUCUUGAAGAAGAGAGGAUACGAAGAGCGCAACAAGAUAGGCGAGGGAGCCUUUGGCAAAGCACUGCUUGUUGCAGGCAAGGAUGGGUCCCAGAUGGUGUGCAAAAUGGUGGAUGUCAGCAGGGCAACGCCCAAGGAGCAGCGAGAAGCUUUACAGGAAGGGCAGUUGUUGGCAUCCUUGAAACAUCCGUACGUUGUGCGCUACCGGGAGAGCUUUACGGAGUCUGGUUGGUUCUGUCUCCUCAUGGACUACUGUGAAGGCGGCGACCUUACAAAGCAGAUUGACAAUGCCAGGAGGAAACGUCAGAACAUCCCAGAGGAACAGGUGCUUCGCUGGUUUACCCAAGCAGUGCUGGCUCUCAAAUACAUCCACGAAAGGCACGUGCUGCACCGCGACUUGAAGCCUGGCAACUUCUUUAUUUCAAAAGCUGGCUGCCUGAAGAUGGGCGACUUCGGCAUCGCCAAGGUGCUGUCCUGCACCCUGGCCUGUGCACGAACCCAGAUUGGCACGCCGUACUACUUGAGCCCUGAGGUUUGCGAGGAGGAGCCCUAUGCCUGGCCUUCUGACAUUUGGGCCAUGGGCUGCAUCCUUUAUGAGCUCUGCGCCUUGAAGGUGCCUUUUGAGGGCCCAAACAUUCAUCGCCUUGUGCAAAAGAUCCUCACUGGCACAGUGCCUGUUCUUCCCGGCAGCUACUCUGAGUUCUUGCGACGGCUUUGCAGUGAGAUGCUGGAUAGGAUGCCUGGCCAGCGCCCAUCAGCAGAUGACAUCCUGAAGCAGCCAGAGAUCCAAACUGUUGUCAAGCAAAUGCUGGAGGAGGCCAGUACUCCAGAUGCAAAGGCUGAACCCCUGGCGAAGGUGUUCAAGCUCGGUGACCUGGUGGAGUACCACUCCAGCACUCACAAUGACUGGCUGCCCGCAACGGUUCUCAAAGAUGAUGCAUCAGGUCGAAUCAUCAUUGAUCUCAAGCCUAACACGUGGAUGACUGCGGAGGAGCAGGCUCAGAAGAUCCGACCUCGGAAAGUUGAGCCAAAGCCAAGGUCCUCUGCCUAUCCGCGGAGUGGCAGCCAACCAGCCAUCGCAAGGGUUCAGUCUCAGGAGAAAGCCAAAGCUGAAGGUGGCAUGUUCCCAGACAUUCGCCGCAGUGACAAGGCGCGCUUGGAACGUGCCCCAAGCUCUUCAAAUGUCAUACAGCGCAGUCCCUCCGCCCCUGCAGCACCCGUGCGCAGCCGGAGCCGAUCGGCCUCCGCUGCCCGAGAAGCCGCUGCUGCGCCUCGGCGGCUGGGCCGCGUGGGGUCCAGACCCUCCUCAAGGGCGCAGUCACCUAUGGAAGGAGAGACACCGAAAAGCUUGUUUCGGAAUCGUUCGGGAAGCCGUGUGGCAUGAAUGAAGCAUCCAUGCCAUGUGUACAGAAACAAAGCGCAUCGAACUUCGAUAGCGGCCAUGGGAUGCCAUGGGCAAUUGUUUCUUCAGACAAACCGGACAUGCGCUUCCGCUACAAACCUCUGAGAGGUUUGUUUGUAAAUUGGACUCGGCACCGCAAGGGACACCACAACUUUGGUCACACUCUGGAGGUUGGUGGCAAACUGCCAACCGUUCACGCGAUGUCUGGCGAAACUUCUGCUGUCUUUGAAACUUUCUAUUUUUACGCUCCAAUGGUCUCCCGAUUUGCCGAACCUAUGUGCAGGCCAGCUGCAUGCUUCGGAGCUCUUGAAUUGGUGGCGAAGUUUGCUCACCGUUGACUCUACUGUGAUGUGCUCCUUUAAGGGAUGACGUCACUGGAUGCAUGUGCGCUCCAGAUGGAUGGAGCUGCAUUUCUUGCUUCCUCCGGAAGGUUAAUCAGCUAUGCUUUGCAGGUGCACGGGCUCAUGGUGUCCUGAAUUUGCCUGCCCUGUGCUGCAGUGCCAGCACUUGUGCAGUGCCAGUGCUUGUCGGUUUCUGUAUGAAGCUGGCUUGGCGAGUAUCAACGAGC